UUAGUAAAAUUCUUCGAAUAUUUCAAUGGGCAAUAUACCCAUAACGUUACACACACAUAUAUCGAAAGAUUACAAGACUACAAGACGCAGGCGCUGUGAUGCUGAAGUCCACAAGCUUAUCAGUCAAGAGUACUUUCCAUGGUCGUAAGUCUCGUUCCGUCUAGAAAGAAAACAUCGCGAACGGAGAUUAUGAAUAAAAAUAAAUCAACAACAUUAGUCGACGAUUACACAGUGAGUUUGAUCGUACGCGCCGCGUGUUUAAUUGCAGCGCUAUCGAAAUCGAGCUCUGAUCUUGAUUGGGCGAAGACCAGCGGAGAUCUCUACGCGAGAAUCCAAUCUUUUGCAAGGUCAUCGAUCCGUCAGGAUUCAAGCGAAGGAUGGAUAAACAAGCUCUUCGUAAGAAAAAUCGAGCCAACCAAAGAGUCACACUCACGGAUGCUGUCAGACAAAGGAGUUAUUUACGCUUUGCACACGCACAAUAUCCGACCUGAUUCCAUUGACAAAUACGUGGCCAAUUAUGAAGAGAUUGUUAACGUUAUUAACUCCAAGAAGUCUGAAUUGAAAUUGGAACUAGUUGGUUCAUGGACUGUCGUAGCCGGUGAUAUAGAUCAAGCUUUGCACCUUUGGCAAUAUACUGGUGGUUAUGAUAGCGUUGAUCGCGCACAAAUCGAAUUGUCUAAGGACAAAGCAUAUCAGCAGUUAUUCAAGGAGAAUGGCAAAUAUUUACGAUCUCGUUACUUACAGUAUUUAUUGGCAUUUAGCUACUGGCCUGCCCUUACAAAACGUAACGGUUCCAAUAUAUAUGAAAUACGUAGUUAUAGAUUACAACCUGGUACAAUGAUCGAAUGGGGCAAUAACUGGGCAAAGGCUAUUAAUUAUAGGCGCAACAACAAUGAACCUUUCGCUGGUUUUUUCUCACAAAUCGGUCGAUUGUAUAAUGUUCAUCACAUGUGGUGUUACAAAAAUCUCCAAGCACGAAUGGAAACUCGCGAGAGCGCAUGGAGAUCUCCUGGAUGGGACGAAUGUGUUGCAUAUACUGUACCGUUAAUAAGAGAGACGCAUUCCCGUAUUUUAAGUCCUACUAGCUUUUCACCAACAAAAUAAAAUUCCGCUCUCAUGAAUGCAUUUGUAUAUUACAACUUAUUUCUUAUGUCUAUACGGUGAAAAUAUUGUAAAGAAAACAUUUGUUAUAACACACAUUGCAUUUAUAAUCGUGUAAAGUAAGCGCUCAAUAUGAGAAGGGUUGUACCAUUUUGUUGUAUUACAACUACUAAAAUGUAUUUUAAUAAAAUUUAAAUUUCUUUGUUA